AUGGUCGUUUACGGUGUAAACGCUCCAAGUGUUAGAAGUGAAAAAGUAAACUAUGUGAAAAAUGAUGUUAUUGAAAAUCGAACUGACAUUUGCGAAUCAGCACUUGCUCAAAGACGCUCAGCACAUUUGCCCAAAUUGAAAGAGAUAUCGAAUAAAUCGAAAGCAUUAGACAAUGAUUCAUCAGCACAAUGUAAGAUGAAUGAUUUUGAUUUUGUAUACUCAGAUAGUGAUACUUAUGCUGCAGAGCUUGCUGAACUUUACACAUAUAGUGAAAUGCAAGACUGGGCUCUAAACAUGCAUGCUUAUGGUGUUUUUAUGAAAUCUAGAGAAGGCAGUCAGAAAUGGUCCUCUUUUUCGGAAAGUCAACAGAAAAAUAUUUUUUUUUGUUUACUUGAAGAGUUGGAACAAGCUGAUGUAAACAAACGAAUUAGUGCAGCGCGUUGUUUGCUUUAUAUUUUACAGGGUGCUUAUAUGGAUUUUGAUGAUAAUAAUGGUAUCGUCACCGAUGUUAGAGAAAAUGAAGAAUUAGGGACCGCGAAUUGUGAACAAAAGUGCUUGGUUGAAGGGAUUUUGAACGCUUACAAAAUGUAUGAAGUUGGAGCAUAUCAGGUAUUAUGUAAACUGUUAUUGACUGAAACUCAUGAUAUGUCGGAUGGACGAUUUAAUGCUACAGAUCAGGGCAGUCGAUCGACUUCAGCAUCAGAUAGUCGUUCAGCAUCUAAUGCCGAUCUUUCGGACAGCUGUGGUGCAGAGAGACGAAAUAAUCGACGAACUGCAACAAUAGCUGAUAACGAAUCACUUCGUGUAGUUCUUUGCAUCCUAUAUCACAUGAUAGAGUCGAUAAGACGUCAAGAUUUAUUUGAAUAUGUCGUACCGGUCGAUAAGAAACCGCGAUAUAUGAAACUGAGAAAAGAUUUUAUGGAAGAAAUCGAAGAAAUUAUUGAGGGGACUAAUGUGUCGCUAAUUAUUGUUUUGCUGGAUAUGAUGCCCGCUUUUUGUCAUGGAAAAAGCCCUCAUUUUCCUAUUAAAAAGAUUCUCUUGCUGAUUUGGAAAAUCCUUUUGACGAUUUUGGGAGGAUGGAAAGAGUUACGAGAGGGUAAAGCCGCCAAAAGAGCAGCAGCAAAAUUAAAUGCGGUUGAAGAUACGCUUCUUGUUGCAAGUGCUAUGAAGUCGUCCUCUAUAAGUGGAAAUGAUUCAGAACAAAGUCAAGGUAUUGCACGUUUGAAGAAAACAGUUAGUCCAUCUAUUCGAUUAAUAUGUCGCCAGCUUGCUUGUACUGCAUCGGAUUCCCUUGAAGAUAAAACCGAUGUUACAUUGGAUAAAUCAGACAGUGAAAAUGAAAAAAUCGGUCACGAGAAAGAAAUUGUGGAUUUGUGCAACGAUGUAAGUUGUGAAAUUCGGAAAGAUGCAGAUGACUUCAGCACAAACUUGGUAAUUGAUGAAAAAGUGCCUCAAACUUCGUCAGCAUCAGAAGAUAUGUCUUACACUUCUACUCUCUCUUGCAACCCAAGUCGUCCAAAUCCAAGUUCAUAUUUCGGUGAUCAUACACCGGUAGCAGGUACGCCACCACCUAUAGAUAUACUUUUCCGGACAUCUUUACCAUGGAAGUCAAAAGUGCGAGAAGAAGAUAUUGCAGCAUUUUUGCAAUCUGAAAGAAUGAAAUUUUUCAAUUAUCAUUUACCAAAUGAUUCAACAACGAUAUUUGGCUUACCAUUACCAAUUCAGAAAAGUAUUGAAGCUUUACGCCGUAACGUUUAUGUUUCGUUGGGCGAUUUAGAGGCAAAUCGAGAAAGAGAACUGAAUCGGUAUAUCUUUUCGCAAUGUGAAGAAAAUAUUCUACUGACCAGUGCAGAAAAACUGUACCGGAUGAUAUUGCCUAAUUUAAGUCAGUAUGUCGUUGCUUUAUUAAAAGUAUUAGUAGCUGCUGCACCGUCUUCCAAGGCAAAAAGUGAAGCGAUCAAUAUAUUAUCAGAUGUAUUGACACCUGGAACCGAACACUGCGAAAUAUUAUCGAGUUCAAUCAAUUUCGAUAGUUCGCUGUCUAAUGUGUUAGAAGAUAGUCUUCGUGUUGGAAUUGAUGUCAAUCGACACAAAGAGAUAAUUGUGAAAGCCGUCUCAGCAAUUCUUAUAUUGCUAAUGAAACAUUUUCGGCUGAAUCACGUAUAUCAAUUCGAGUAUCUUAGUCAACAUCUUGUUUUUGCUAAUUGCAUACCACUGAUUUUAAAAUUUAUGGAGCAAAAUAUGGUUCAUCACAUGCAAUCGAAAAACGAAUUACCGCCAUACAAUUAUCCUUAUGCUCCUCUCUAUUAUGCACGAAAUGAGGAAUGGCCAAUACUUGACACUGAUAAUCUGGAAGACACUGAUUCUCAAUCAUAUUACUUAUGGCGCAACGUCUUCUCAGCUAUCAAUUUAUUGCGCGUACUAAAUAAACUGACGAAAUGGAAACAGUCACGUACAAUGAUGCUAGUAGUUUUCAAAUCUGCACCAAAGUUACAACGCUCACUGAGAGUUAAAUUAGCAGUAUUUCAACUUUAUGCGUUGAAACUGCUAAAAAUGCAAGCUCGAUAUCUGGGGCGUCAGUGGAGACGGACAAAUAUGGAUAUAAUGUCUGCAAUAUAUGCAAAAGUACGACAUAGAUUAAAUGAUGAUUGGGCAUUUGCAAAUGAGACUCGUUCGAAAUCAUGGGAUUUUCAAAAUGAAGAGGCUGCAUUAAAGACUGCGGUGGAAAAAUUCAAUUCCAGGCGGUAUGCUCAUCUCUAUCCUGCGCUUGCACUGGAUGUGGAGGAAGCUUCGUCUCCUGGUGAUGGCCAUUUAGAUAGCAUUCAUAUACAUGAUUUUGGACCAGUAAAUAAUAGUUUUCAGUCACUGUUGGGUACAAAGAUUAAAUUGAGCAAUCGAUUCAAACGCAAUUAUGCGAAGUGGGUUGAUGAUGAAGUGGUAAAGAACCACACUAACUGGGACUUACUAAUGACGUUUACUCGUGGUAUGACUGAUAUUUUAUAA